AUGACGGCAGGAAUUCUUGAAGUUCUUCUCGUUGAUGCUAAGGGCAUUCAACACACAAAUCUCCUCAGGAGGCCGGCCUAUUAUGUUGUUGCUGAAUGUGGAGGACAAGCAUACAAAAGUAAAGUGUCAAAAGGGAAGGAUAGUAGAGCCUGGUGGAAUGAGAAAUUCAGAUUUGAAUUUCCAAUGUCUCAUUGGAGAAAAUCAACCUACCUGAAGAUGAGAAUUAUGGACUUGGAAUUCUUCAGGCGGGGUGGAUUCGUUGGAGAUACCAUAAUCUACCUUGGUGGGGUGAUAACAGAGGGACUUGACACUGGAUCAAUAGAGGUGGGACCAUCUCCCUACAACGUAGUCCUCGAAGACGACUCCUAUAAAGGGCAGAUAGUCAUCGGGUUCAAAUUUACCAUCCAAGAGGAAGUGCAUGUGCAAGAAAGAAAGCAAGAUGUGGCAGAGUAUGGGUCAGAAAGUAGUUCAUUUUGGACAUCAAUGGUGAAGCUUUGGAAGUGGAAGAUUUCAUGGUGGAAGCUCCUUCCUCAAUUAGGUCACAAGAGCAGCUCUAAAGACAAGAACAAUUAA